AUGGACUUUGCUCUUCCGCGCGUGCAGGACACCAGCAACCUACAGAAUUGGAUGGAAGCACCACAUACGCCGCCAGAAUCAAAAACCACCGUAUGGGUCACUGAUUACUUCACCGAGGUAAUCCAUCCCACAUACACCGAGAUCAUAGGACCGGCUCCUAGCUCGUGGGACAUCCCUCUAUUUCCAACUUCCACGCCGAACCUAGAUCCGUUUACUACGCUGUGGUCAUCUGAGGUUGCUGCAGGGCAGACUACUCUCGCCACCGAGUCGUCCACUCCGUCCCAGCUCCCGGAGAGCCAUACGAGUGCGCCGGGGACAGAGCAGCCUGUCGAGACAAAUUCGUCCAACACCAUUGAAUCUAGCACGACUAGCACAUCUAGCGAGGAGAGCGAGUCCACCACUCUAUCCAAGACGUCAAGUGCGUUUGAUACGUCUACCACGUCCGACACGAGCACAUCUGAUUCAACGACUACAUCUGAAGCAUCUCGCAUAUCUGACACAACCACCAGGGAAUCUCCCAGCCCGGCGCGUCCGAGCAUGCAGCCACUAGUUACGCUGGCAACUGCGCCGCCACUACCGUCUCAAUCAGGAUCUGCAGGUUUCCUCCCAGCAGCAACGGAAUACGGUUCCACAACGGGUGAAGACGCAUCAGGGCAUGCCGGAGUAAUUGCCGGGAGCAUUGUAGGCGGCGUAGCUUUCAUCGCACUCACGCUCCUAGCAUGCUUUUUUUGCUAUCGUCGCAAAAAGCGACAACGGUCCCAGCCGCCAAAACGGCCAACACAUAUGCGCGAGGCAUCCUUCGACUCAUGGAAUGCAUCCAGUCUCAUGGGCUCAAUCAGGGUCCUUAAAUACCGCCAGUUCUCGCAGCCCGAUUGCGUCGAUACAGACUCCCCUCCUGGAUUGGGUCCUCAUGCACAAAAACAUGCUGAUGACCAGACUGCUGGAGGUCGCCCGGUGCCGUAUCGGCAGAGAUCGGGGGUUCCAAGACAAUACUCCAAUCGACGGUACUCGAAUCCAUACGUCAAUUAUAGCGACAACCCCGAAAUGUCCGGUGCAAACAACGACAUGUCAUAUAGCGACGGAAACCCGUACCCCAACGGCACAAAUCCGCACCGAGUAUCCAGUCAGAUCUCCAGCCGCUGGGCUCCAUCGUCAGUCUCGGACCCCUUUGCAGAUGACGCAAGCCCCGUCUCCCCGAUCAUCGACCUGAACGCCCCCAGCCGCACGGUAUCCUGCUACUCCCGAGCCUCAUACCACGGCGGGCUCAACAUCCUCGCGCACUACGAUGGAUCGGCCCGCGACUCGCAGUGCGCGAGCACCUAUUUUUAUCCGGGUCAAUUGUCUGGAGACAGUACAGACCAUCUUCCCCCUGUUCCUCCUAUUCCAGAUGGGAUCAGCCGCACUGGCUCGAUACUGCGCGGGCGAUCUCAGAAUUUCUCUUCGCCGCUGGCUCAGUUCGGCGGAGAACACAGCGAUCCAUGGGAUCUGCAGCAGCCUCUGCCUGCUGUGCUGCGCUCGGGGCCGCGCCGGCCACCACCUCGCGGCGGCCUCUUCUAG